AUCCAUCCCCUAUAUAUCCAAUUUAACGACUACUCUAAUUAAUUAUAAUAGUCCAUAUAGUGCAUACCAUUCACUACGUAGCAUGGAUUCCAAAAUCCUUUCCCACACUUUCCUCUGCUCGGCCGCGGUGGUGAUUAUAUUCCUCCUGGGAAUCUGGAUUCCCCAGGGGCUCUCAACCCGCCGUCUCGAGAAGUACCAGGAGGAGGAGGCGGCGGCCAUGACGGAGAAGCACCGGCAGUGGAUGGCGCUGCACGGGCGGAUCUAUAAGGACGCGGAGGAAGAGGAGAGGAGGUUUGGGGUGUUCAAGCAGAACGUGGAGCUUAUAGAAGCUUUCAAUAAAGAAGAGAAGAGAGGGUACAAGCUUGGGGUUAAUGAGUUUGCAGACCAGUCCAACGAGGAGUUUCGGGCCACCCAUAAUGGUUACAGGAGAGCAGGAGUGCCGUCCGGUGGCGUUGGGUCCUCGCCGGCAACGUCUUUCAGGUAUGCCAACGUAACGGCGGUGCCGGAGUCCAUGGACUGGAGGAAGAAAGGUGCUGUCACCCCGAUUAAGAACCAAGGCCAGUGCGGAUGCUGCUGGGCUUUCUCCGCAGUUGCAGCCAUGGAAGGAAUCACCCAGCUCAAAACCGGCAAGUUAACAUCCCUCUCCGAGCAAGAGCUCGUCGACUGCGACGUCAACGGCGGGGACUACGGCUGCGAGGGCGGCCUCAUGGACAACGCUUUUCAGUUCAUCCAGCAAAACCACGGCCUCACCACCGAGUCUGCCUACCCCUACGAGGGGUCCGAUGGCACCUGCAACACCAAGAAGGCCGCGUCCUCCAUCGCCAAAAUAAGCGGCUACGAGGACGUGCCUUCCAACAGCGAGGCCGCCCUGCUCAAGGCAGUGGCCAGCCACCCGGUCUCCGUCGCCAUAGACGGCGGCGGGUACGAGUUCCAGUUCUACACCAGCGGUGUCUUCACGGAGGACUGCGGCACGGACCUCGACCAUGCCGUCACGGCGAUCGGGUACGGGACGGCGGCGGACGGGAGCAAGUACUGGCUGGUGAAGAAUUCUUGGGGCACGAAAUGGGGGGAGAACGGGUACAUGAGGUUGCAGAGGGAUGUUACGGCCAAGGAAGGGCUGUGUGGGAUCGCCAUGGAAGCUUCUUAUCCAAUGGCAUGAAGGAGAGGAGAUGGCGUGGGGAUGAAGAAUGGUUGAAUUGUAUAAUUAUAUAUAUAAGUAUGUAAGAAUGCUUCCUGCAAACUUGGACGUGAACGGAUGACCAAGUCAGUGCAAUUAAUUAAGCAAUUGUAAUAAGAUAUAAAAAAACUAUGUAAGCAUAUGAAUUACAUGGUGUGUAAUCAUUCUGUAUUAUGCUCAGUGUGUACAGUUUCAGCAGUAAUUAACGAAGUGUAUUACGUGGUAAA